ACAUUUGUUCGCAAAUCAUUUUACAACUUGUCUCAUGAUCCAAUUUGUUUUUGAUGACCCUUGGCCCUAUCCAAAUUGUAUUUCAGAUGUUAAAGUAUUUACUCUCGGUAGCAACAGAUGGAGAAGUGUUGGGCAAAUUCAUUACAAGAUUGAUCCAAGUUCUAAAUGAAUUUUGUUAAAUGAGAAAAUGCAUUGGUUUAGCCAAUUUGGAAUGUAUAAUGGAUAUUGUGAUAGGCGUAUCGUUCCGUUUAAUUUAGCUGAUGAGUUAUUUGGAGAGGCAACAACAGUUGAUUUUGGUGUAAACUCAGGAUUUAGCAAGUUUCAACUAGCAGUUCUUGGAGGUUGUCUUGCUGUUGUUCUAACAUUAUCUUAUCAAAAUGGGGGAGGAUUAGUAAUUUGGGUUAUGAAAGAAUACAAUGUGAAUGAGUCUUGGACGGAGGAGUUCAUAAUUGGGGAUUAUACACCAACUCUAAAUCUUGUCACUGAUCAUUUGCAACCAUUGGUGAAAUUUCUAUGCUUGUCGAAGAAUGGAGAGCUCUUGCUUGAGUACAAAGGUGGAAAUCUGGUUUCAUAUGAUCCCUAUAGUGGUGUCUUUAGGACUCUAAAGUUUGAGGGGAUGCCUUAUUUAUUUCAUACAAUUGUUCAUGUAGGUUGCCUUAAUUGGACAGAUAUCCCGCCUUCUUAUCUUUUACAGAAUUAGAUCAUCAAAAUUAUCGAACA